AUGGAAGAUCCCAGCGCUGCAACUUCGUCGCCCCGACGACUGGUUGUCCUCAUCUCCGGAGAGGGAACUAACCUUCAAGCAUUGGUCAAUGCACAGAACACACCAUCCCUGCCUAAUACCCGCAUCGUCCUCGUUCUUUCCAAUCGCAAAAACGCACGCGGUUUGAUACGCGCUUCUACUGCCUUGCCUCCGAUCCCUACCGCGUACCUUGGCCUUCCGCCGUUCCUUAAAUCAAACCCUGGAAAGACUCGCGAGGACUACGAUGUGGAGGUCGCGCGCAUCGUGUUACGCGCCAAGCCAGAUGUCGUUGUAUGUGCAGGUUGGAUGCACAUCGUGAGCGAGGGGUUCCUGGAUGUGCUCAAGGGGACGCGGGUGUUGGAGGGGGAGGAGGUGCUUGCGAGGGAGAUCCCUGUGAUUAACAUUCAUCCGGCGUUGUUUGGGCAGUUUGAUGGUGCGCAUGCUAUUGAGCGAGGGUUUGAGGCGUUCCAGAAGGGGGAGGUGGAUGAGCUGGGCGUAAUGGUCCACCGUGUAGUCAAAGAAGUUGAUCGCGGAGAGCCGUUGAUUCAGAGGAGAGUAGAGGUGGUGAAGGGGGAGGCUUAUGAGGCUUAUGAGGAGAGACUACACAAGGUAGAGUGGAAGAUUAUUGUGGAGGCUACUCGGGUAGUACUGGAUGAGGUGCAACCGCCCCUGUCAAGCGACGGUUCAAGUUAG